AUGGUCUCCAACUCGGCGAAUUCGGUCAAGGACUCGACCGUCGACGGAGUCAAGCGGGCCGGUCAGCAGACAGCUUCGUAUGCCAGACAUACGGUCAAUGCCGCUGGUGACGCCCUCAAUAACGUCGCAGGCGCUGCGAAGGAUACCGCUCAGCGAUCCGCAAACAUGGUCUCCAACUCGGCGAAUUCGGUCAAGGAUUCGACCGUCGACGGAGUCAAGCGGGCCGGUCAGCAGACGGCUUCGUAUGCCAGACAUACGGUCAACGCCGCUGGUGGUGCCCUCAACAACGCCGCGGGCGCUGCUAGGGAAACUGCUCAGCGAUCGGUGAACAUGGUCUCCAACUCGGCCAGUUCGGUCAAGGAUUCGACCGUCGACGGAGUCAAGCGGGCCGGUCAGCAGACGGCUUCGUAUGCCAGACACACGGUCGGCACUGUGGGCGACUCUUUGAACAACGCGGCAGCGGCAACGGGCCGCGGUGCGCACCAGGCGAGUCAGUACGCGUCGGGGACGGCGCAGCGUGCGGGUGAAGCGCUGUCGGCGGGUGGGCGAGAAGCCGGUGCAGGUGUGCGGAAGAUGGGCGAAGGUGCGGCGCAGAUCGGUGCUGGGUUGUACCAAGGGGGCACGGGCGUGGCGACGGCUGCAGCGCCGCGUAAGUUACAAGCAAGUGAUGACUGUUCAGCCGAAGCCUGGGCGGCGGACAAGAUCUAUGCUAUGCCCGACAACAAGGUCACACACCAACAAAGUGCCUAUGCCAACUCUUGGUGGUCCCUUAACGAAAAUCCCGCGACCGACUCCAGCGGCAACUGGCGUCAGACUGCCACUUGCGGCGGUAACUCCGGCCAAACCUGCGGCUGUAAAUGCGGACAGAAGUGCCAGUGCAAGUGCGGAUCGCAGCCCACACCUGCCCCCACACCGACUACCGCUCCCACUACCGCUCCCACUACCGCCACCACUGCUCCGACCACUGCCACCACUGCUCCGACCACUGCCACCACUGCUCCGACCACUGCCACCACUGCUCCGACCACUGCCACCACUGCUCCGACCACCGCCACCACUGCUCCGACCACCGCGACUACGCCCUCGUCAGGUGGUGGAAGCUCCAACAAGCCCGGUUCGCUGUGCUUGCCGAACUAA